AUGCACUUUGUAACUCUGUCGACUGCUCUAGCGCUCGUCGCGCUCACAUCGGCCAGCCUCACAUACCGCGGUGCGGAUAUCUCGUCUCUACUUCUUGAAGAGUCCUCCGGCAUUUCGUACAAGGAUGUAAACAGCAAUUCCGACAGUCUCGAGUCCAUUCUUGCCGGACAUGGAGUCAACACAAUUCGCCAACGGCUAUGGGUGAAUCCGUCCGAUGGUUCUUACGAUCUGCAAUAUAACCUAAAAUUAGCGCAACGGGUAGUGGACGUUAAUAUGAAAAUAUAUCUUGAUAUGCAUUUGAGUGAUACGUGGGCGGAUGGGUCACAUCAAACGACACCAUCUGGCUGGUCGACUACCGAUAUCGACACGCUGGCGUGGCAGGUGUACAACUACACUCUAAACGUCUGCGACUCGUUCUCCUCAGCAUCAAUCCCUCUAGAAAUCGUAUCUAUCGGCAAUGAAAUCCGUGACGGUCUUCUCUGGCCGCUGGGCUCAACAAGCAGUUACUACAACAUCGCGCGUCUGCUGCACUCAGCGGCCUGGGGCAUCAAAGACUCUAGCAUCACCCCCAAGCCGCAGAUCCUCAUCCACCUCGACAACGGCUGGGACUGGGAGGAGCAGUCAUAUUUCUACACGACUGUGCUCGGCGAGGGACCCUUAUCCAGGUCCGACUUCGACUUGAUUGGCGUCAGCUACUAUCCAUUCUACGGCUCAGGCGCAACGCUGGCCGCACUCAAGUCUAGUCUGAGCAAUCUCGCGGCGGCGUAUGGCAAGGGAAUUGUUGUUGCCGAGACUAAUUGGCCGUAUGCAUGUUCCAGCCCGAAAUACGCGUUUCCUUCGGACUUGACCAGCAUCCCAUUCUCUGCGGCCGGCCAGGCGACGUUUAUGACUGACUUGGCGGAUGUAGUGGCGGGAACGACUAAUGGCUUGGGUCUGUUUUACUGGGAGCCCGCCUGGAUUGGAAAUGCGGCACUUGGGUCAAGCUGUAGCGAUAAUCUGCUGGUGGAUUGGUCAACAGAUGUAUUUAGGACAAGCGUGGAGGUAUACUCGACAAUCUGA